AUGACAACCUGCGUUGCCCAAGCCAGACCUACGAUUCUGUUGGCAACAGCGCGUGCAUACAUCUAUGGGAAUGCAGCAGUUCAACGAUUGGUUCGAAUUUUGUGCGAUCCAGGUUCGCAGGUUAGUUUUAUUAAAGAUCGCUUAGCUAAAUCAUUGAGAUUAAAAAUACACAAAUGCGAAUUGAAUGUAGAGGGGAUUGGAUCGAGUAUUAGUACUCGAACUACGGGUAGUGUUAUUGUAACCAUAAAGUCAUUGCAUUCAAACUUUGAAACCAAAAUCAACGCUUUGGUGAUCCCGUCAAUCACAUCGGACACUCCUGCCGUGCGUUUAGACGUUAACCAGUGGCAACACCUGGCUGGCCUCGAUAUGGCCGAUAUAUAUUUUGGUACACCUGGGGCUAUAGACUGUCUCAUUGGAGCUGAUGCCUGGGGUAGAAUCGUGGAGGGUGACAUCAUCGGUGGCAGACCAGAUGAACCUUAUGCUCAACGCACUCGCCUUGGUUGGGUAGUUUUUGGUCCAGCGUCAAAAGUUUCGUCGAAGGAGAACUCAUCUCUCGUGCUCAGCGCAAAGCUAGUCGAGGAUGAUUUGGUGCUGGAAGAAUUAGUUCACAAUUUUUGGAAGCUUCAGGAGGUCCCCGUGUGUGCAUCAGACGAUGAUGAUGAAUGUGGUCGAAUAUUUGCAGCCACACACUCCCGUACUAGUGAUGGACGUUACAUGGUGCAGCUGCCGUUCCGCCGCGAUGCACCGAGACUUGGCGAAUCAUAUGCGCACGCCCUUCGCCUAUUUCAACGCCUAGAAAGACGUCUCGUUGGUGACUCUGAGCUUAAAGAUAAUUACACUAAGUUCAUGCGUGAGUACGUAAGUCUUGGCCAUAUGGAACCCGUAAAUAACGUAGGUGAUCACACCAACGGCUACUACAUUCCCCACCACGCUGUAACCAACAAAUUUAGAGUGGUGUUCAAUGCAUCGGCACCAACUAGUACUGGCGUGUCACUAAAUGAGUUGCAAAUAGUGGGCCCGACCAUCCAAGACUCGCUCAUCAAUAUAAUUUUACGUUUCCGACGCUAUAGGGUGGCCCUAACAGCCGACAUUGAGAAAAUGUUCCGGCAGGUACUCGUUGCCCCCAUACACCGAGACUUCCAACGGAUCCUUUGGCGUGAGUCACCCUCGGAUGAACUCAAGGUAUAUCGACUCACAACGGUUACGUAUGGUAUGGCGUGCAGCCCGUAUAAUGCCAUACGUGCACUCCAACAAUGUGCACGCGACAAUCACAACGUAAUAUCGGACCACCGGCAAGCCGCGAAAGCGCGCGAUACCAUUUUAACGUCAUUUUACGUUGACGAUUUUUUGACCAGUUGUGAGAACGCAAACGACGCUAAGGUCUUAGCUCACAAUGUUGAUGAAAUUCUCUCCGCUGGGAAAUUUACAUUGAGGAAAUGGAACUCCAAUGAUGCUGAGGUAAUGGAAUACUUGACCGGUAACAUUUCUUCCUCCGCAGGUUUAGAAAUAAACCCUCCUACGGCUUCCGUUCUUGGAUUACGGUGGGAUGCUGCCGCUGACCAGUUCGUCUUCCAGGUGGUUCUCAAGCAAGCAGGUCCUACCCCAACUAAACGACGGGUUCUCAGCGAAGUUGCUCAGCUUUUUGAUCCCACGGGCUUUUUGGCACCGGUGGUGGUCCAGGGUAAGGUGUUUAUACAGCGAAUGUGGUCCGCUGGUCUUUCGUGGGAUGCACCGUUGUCUGAUGAUCUUCGCGACGAUUGGAUAAACUAUCGGUCUAAGCUGGAGAUACUCAACAAAGUUCGUGUGAAUCGAUGGUUAGGCAUGGCGCCCGGUGUGCAAACGACUUUACACGGCUUCUGCGAUGCUAGUUCGCAAGCUUACGCAGCAGUGAUUUACACAAGAACUGUAGGCGCAGGCGAAAGAGUACAACUCGCAUUGCUGACAGCGCGCACUAAGGUGGCUCCACUUAAGGGAUCUACCAUACCACGUCUCGAGCUCUCGGCAGCGCUCUUGUUGGCAGAAACACUCCAAGCAGUAAGAAGCGCUUUGGGGUUGAUGAACGCCCCCUAUUAUUUGUGGUCGGAUUCGUCGAUCGCUCUUUGUUGGAUAAAGAAACAGCCAACAACGCUUAAGCCAUAUGUAUCGAAUCGAGUACGUCAGAUCCAGGAGCUCACUUCGCCCGAUCGAUGGCAUCAUAUCCGGUCGGCACAGAACCCCGCCGACUGCGCGAGUAGAGGCAUAUCACCCCUCGAACUGCUGGAGCAUCCGCUAUGGUGGCAGGGCCCAAGCUGGCUGGAGAAAGACAUCCCUGUAAGAAACAAAGCGCUUCCCCUACUUGGGGACGAAGCGAAUACAGUAAGUGCCGAAGAGCGCAUCAUUUCAUGCACUGCAGUUAUCAGUGCUGCGCGAUCUAUUGAAACACGACAACGUGAUGGUAAGGUCAUACUACUCACCGAGCGCUUCAGUUCCAUCCAACGCCUUCUAGGUACGGUGGCCAUUAUCCUGCGAUGGCUUAGUUCACGUCAACAUCUGCGUAAGCGGGUUAUAGGUGCAAGAGAAUUCGACGAUGCAUUAGACGUUUUGAUUCGUAUGGACCAAGAGGAUGCCUUUAGCAGUGAGGUCAAGCAGCUGAAGAGUGGAAGACACAUCGCACACUCCAGUCGACUUAUGCCGUUGAAUCCCUUACUUGAUGACAAGCACAUGUUGCGAUUUUUGUUAAGGAAUUAA